AUGUUCUCCAUCGAAUCCACAGUCGCUCGCACCGCAAUCGAUGACUCCUCGUACAUCUUCGACCAAACUCAAGAUGAUAUCAUAAUGCCAAUGUCCAAUGAUACCAUACAUUUGAAGAGCGCCAUCGCACCUACACCUGCGAUUAGUGACUUGGGCUACGGCCGGGAAUCAAGUGCAUCGUCCGUGCACUACGGAUACUCUCACGAUACAUCGGAACCUAGUACUGGUCAAGAAGGGGAAGACUCUACUCCAGGUGCAUGCGUUGGUGGAUAUGCGGCCAACUACACUCCUUCGCCAUUGCAGCAUCCAUUCACGCCCAACUCAGCCGUCUAUGGCGUGACUAAUAUUCAGAGCAACCAAUCCUUACAGAGCGAAUUGUUUCAACAUAACAUCACUAGUGAAAAGGAAGCGAAAGCACAUCUAUCAUUGAAAGACCAGAGGGGAGAUGGGGGAUUCAUUGCAAGAACGCCACAAAGCCUGAGUCGCGAAUCACAAGCUUCCUCUACUCCCGAGCUCCAGCAAUCAAGCGAGCAGCCGAAAAAGCAUCGUAGGACGAAUUCGCUUCCUAGCAAAGGAAGGGUUGUCGAGAUGAAAGCAAGCUCCAGCAUACCCGCAGAACUUUCGUGGCCGGAAUUUGGUCGGCAGUGCAUCUUAGCAGCGGAAAGCAGCCGGUUGAAUCCGUUCACUUUACAUCCAGCCGAGUAUAAGCUGCUGCGCGAACAUGUUACUCUCGCACAAGUAACCGUCUAUCUAAACAUCCGGAACGCGAUCCUACGUCUAUGGCAUCGAAAUCCUCUGGUAUAUGUCUCUCUCGAAGAGGCUGCAGGGUGUGCGCGCGACAAGCGUUACUUUGGCUUGGCGAGGGUGGCAUAUCUUUGGCUCAUGAGAAACGGCUACAUAAAUUUUGGCUGUGUUGACGUGCCCAACACUGUCGGCACCAUUGCAAAAUCAAAGGCCAAAAACACAACCAGACGCACAAUCAUUGUGGUUGGUGCGGGUAUGUCGGGUCUGGGAUGUGCGCGACACUUGGAGGGUCUCUUUGCACAGCUCGGAGAUCAGUUGACAGAUAUGGGUGAACGGCCUCCAAGAAUUAUUAUUCUCGAAGCUCGCCCACGGGUCGGCGGUCGCGUAUACUCACACCCGUUCCUGAAUCAGAAGGACUCUACACUACCGCCAGGACAUCGAUGCACAGCAGAAAUGGGCGCCCAAAUUGUCACAGGUUUUGAGCACGGCAACCCCUUGAACGCCAUCAUACGAGGUCAGCUCGCGAUACCAUAUCACGGUCUACGUGAUAACACCAUACUAUAUGACUACGAUGGUACCGUGGUAGAAAUGGGCCAAGAUAUAUUGGUCGAGAAGCUGUACAACGAUGUCCUAGAACGAGCCGCAGUAUAUCGGAACAAGCCGGCAGCAUCUAUGACUGUAGAAGGCAAUCGAGACCAGAUGAAUCUUGGCCGUGACCCAGCUGACAAUGGCGGGCCGACCAUUGCUGAGCUGGAAGAUUCAGAUUCUUCUCUAUCCGGAAAUGCUACAAGCAUAGCAUCGGCCAAACAAGAGAAACCAACAACUGGCGUGGAGAAGUUGGCAGGGAGGGCAUAUCAGUUGAGCGCUGGCUUCAACCCUGAUGUCACAGCUGCAGCGACGGUACAACAAAUGGGAUGGAAGCUGAAAGCGGGGGCAACGGAUGCGCAGUCUUUGGAUCUUGACACCAUCGCAAAGGCAUCGGAGUAUCCCACACUCGGGCAGACAAUGGAUGAAGGUCUUCGACAAUACCAGUCAUUGGUCGACCUCAAGCCCAGAGACAUGCGUCUACUCAGCUGGCACCAUGCCAACCUCGAAUAUGCGAAUGCCGUCAGCGUAAAUCAGCUCAGUCUAAGUGGCUGGGAUCAGGACAUUGGCAAUGAAUUUGAGGGUGAGCACAGCGAAGUUAUUGGGGGGUAUCAGCAAGUUCCACGUGGUCUGUGGCAAUGCCCUACCAAAUUGGAUGUCCGCUUCAACACGCCUAUUAAGACGGUCCAUUAUGACACUGAGGAACGACAGGUGGGCAAAGCGGUCAGGAUUGAGUGCACCAAUGGAGAGAUCUACGAAGCCGAUCAGGUUAUCCUUACUACUCCACUCGGAGUGCUGAAGUCCGGAUCGAUCAAGUUCGAGCCUCCACUUCCCGAUUGGAAGCAGGAUGUUAUCGAGCGAAUGGGCUUUGGUCUCCUCAACAAGAUCAUACUCGUGUACGAAAAGGCGUUUUGGGAGCCAGACCGGGACAUGUUUGGCCUCCUCAAUGAGGCUGAACAUGCAGCCAGUAUGCGACCAGAGGAUUACUCUGAGAAGCGAGGACGGUUUUACCUCUUCUGGAACUGUAUCAAGACGAGUGGUAAACCAGUGCUGGUAGCGCUCAUGGCAGGCGAUGCCGCUCACUGGGCCGAAAACACGUCGAACAACGAGCUCGUCAAAGAAGUUACCGACCGACUCGAUGCCAUGUUCGCGCCAAACCACGUCCCACUCCCGACGGAAACAAUUGUGACGCGUUGGAAGAAAGAUCCUUUCGCUCGGGGUAGUUACUCGUACGUGGGGCCAAAAACACAAACGGGCGAUUACGACGUGAUGGCGCGUCCACAUGGGCCACUGCACUUUGCCGGGGAAGCAACUUGUGGCACCCACCCUGCGACAGUACACGGUGCAUACCUGUCAGGUCUUCGGGUGGCUGCAGAGGUUGCUGAGACUGUGCUUGGACCGAUCAAGGUACCCAGCCCGCUCGUUGAGAAGAAGGUGGUUAAGAUGGAGCCCUCUUCGGUAAUAUCAAGUGGAGAGAAGCGGCGUUUUGAGCCGGCUGUAGGACCACAGAGGGACAGCAAAUCCAGCCGGAUACAGCGCGACGAAGACUAUGAAGCUGCGAUUAUCGGGGCAAUUCUAGAUCAAAUCGGCGAACGUCCGAUUAAGCCAGGACGCGCCGGUGUCAACCCCUUUCUACUGUUUACCAAGGAUUUCUGGUACAUUUGCAAGCAGGAGUGCGACGACGCGCACAAAGCCAAGACGGGCAACCCUGAAGCCAAAGCGCCGAAACAAGAGAUACGAAACGCGGUAGGUCUAAGGUGGCGCACAGCAGAGCAAUCGGUCAAACAACCGUACCUUGACCAAGCCAGCAAUGCACGGGACGAUGCGAGUGCAAACGCGGCAGACUUCAAGGAGCGUGUGGCUACGUGGGAUAUAGAAGCAGCGCGGAUACGACGCGAGUAUAUUCAAGCGAACCCACCCGAGGGCGGGAAUGAAGAGCUCAUUCUGAAUAGCCGCACAGCUAUCGAACUCGGGGCGGGUAAGCGACUGCGACGACUGUGAUGGUGUUUCCUUGUCGGCUCUGGCCGUUGUAUCACCCAUGUACUAUGUUUGCAUACUGUGCGUGAUUAGCAUCUGGGGGCGUUGGAGGUUCUUUCAUUC